AGUCUAUGUUGUUGUGUUGUGCCGAAAAGCAAAACAUUAGAAUUAAAGACGCGGAACGCGCGUGCCAACGCUCACCAAAAUCCUCGUCACAUGUAGUCACUCAUCGAACGCAUUCGUCCCAUCGUUGAUUCGGUUGUGUGUCGCACGCAUCAAGCGCAUCUGUGAAGAACGGUCGUGAAGAAACAAACGCAUAUACACUACCACAUACAUAUCUAUGUAUAUAAUUACAAGUAGAUGAGUGCAUGGAUUAUUUUGUGGAUUGUGCAAUAAAGUUAUGAAAAGAAUUGCUGAAGAUACCAGUAACUACCGAGCAAUGCAAAAUUACAAGCUUCUGCUGGCCUGACAUCAGUAUUUCGUAAGGUAAAUGGCUGAAACUAUAAGUGCCGCCGGCGCUAUGGAGAUGACAUUAAAGGAUAGCGGGAUCAUCGAUAUGACUCCCGCUAGUUUGUUGCAGCACAAUGCGUUGGUCAAGCACUCGCAUGCGCUGCGUAGCUUAAAAGAAUGCAGCCCCGAUGAGCAGCCAGUCGCAUUAGAUUCUACAGCGCGCGCAAAUAGUACUCCGCCAACUAAUUACUCCACAUCCACACCUACUCCGACUCCGCCCGCCAUGGCGACGUUUCGCUGCGAUCGUUGUGAUAAUUUUGAAACAACUUCAAGGGCAUCGCUGCUACUGCAUGUCGUUCAAUGUUUGUCCAAUCACACGCGCCUCAAAACCGAAGAGCCGGAAUUGGAGAAUCUGUGCGUCGGCGGUGCGGUGUCUCACGCAGACCACAAUUCGGGCAACAGCAGCGACGCAUCCAAAUUGGUUCCAGAUACGGCAACACCAAACAAUGUGCCUACAAAUAUGUCGGUGAUCGCUACCAACGGCAAUGCUAGCAGUCCAACGGCGUCGUCGUCCUCGUCGUCGUCAUCUCGCAAAGUCUUCGAAUGUGACGUUUGCAAUAUGAAAUUUUCAAAUGGCGCCAAUAUGCGACGACACAAGAUGCGUCACACUGGCGUCAAACCAUACGAAUGCCGUGUUUGCCAAAAGAGAUUUUUCCGCAAAGACCAUUUGGCGGAGCACUUUACGACGCACACGAAAACACUUCCAUACCACUGUCCCAUAUGUAACCGUGGCUUCCAGCGACAAAUCGCUAUGCGCGCUCAUUUCCAGAACGAACAUGUAGGCCAACACGACCUCGUUAAAACCUGUCCAUUGUGCAGCUAUAGAGCAGGAUCGAUGAAAUCUUUGAGAAUUCAUUUCUUUAACAGACAUGGCAUAGAUCUUGACAACCCCGGACCAGGUGGCUCCUCAUCAUUGCUGCUUGCUUUGGAAUCGCAGGCAUCACAAGUAGCAGCUGCAGCAGCCGCUGCCAGUUUCGUGCCGGGCUUGAAUGCGGUAGCUGCUGCUGCUGCUGCGGCCAGCCAGAAUGCCAACUCGAGCAUGACGACCCAUCAAAGUGAUAGCGGUGAAUCGAUGCGUUCGCUGGAGAAUACCACACCGCCAAUGCAUUUUUUGACGCCGCAUGUGGAAAUUUCAACCCUUUCAGAAAACGGCACCGAUUUGUUCAAUGUAACAUGGAAUGCGUUGCUAAAUUGCAAAUUUGGGAAAUCAACUGAUGCGGCGUUUUUGUGUGCAUUUGAUUUGCAGGGGAAUGCCAAUGCGUCAACCGGAGUGGAACCGAUGGAGACGAAGAGUAGCGGUCGAGGGGGAGAGCGGGACACAAUCACCGGAAGCAAGUCACCAGCGCUACAACCACCUCAGGAACAUCCGAUCGAUUGUAAUACCAAAUCGUUGCCUUCGAGCACCAGUCAUGUCGGUGUGCAGUUGAAUGCUUGCGCUUCACCAAAAACCCAUCAUCACGAGAAUCACAUCACGCCAUCCAUCAGUUUGAUACCAAUCAAGCAGGCGAGUGAACCACUAGGUGAGGAUUUGUCAACCGAUGCAAAUAAGAGUGGCCACAAAAUCGGUCCAUCAACACAUACCGAGCAAAUGAAUGGCGGCGACAACAGUGAAUCGGAAUUCUCAUCGCCGAAUAGCAGAUUAACUUCACUAAUUAAGGUCUCGCCACUGAAAUCCUUGCUAAGGGAGGACCUCAAACGACGAAUUUGCGCCAAGGCCAACAAUCGCAUCACUCGCAAUGCGGCUGUGUUGGACAACAACAAUGUUGUGCAAGUUAGUGGAGUUGGCGCCACCGCAAACAGCAACUCAUCCUGCAAUUCCACUCCCAUUUGCAAUGGCACGAUCACCUCUACCGGCCAAGAAACCGAAUCGAAUCUGCUUAAUCGAAAGCAAAUACUCACUUGUUUAUUCUGCGGCAUCGAGUUCCCGGACGAAACGCUAUACUUCCUGCACAAGGGCUGUCACUGCGAAAGCAAUCCGUGGAAGUGCAAUAUUUGUGGCGAACAGUGCAACAACGUCUAUGAAUUUAAUUCGCAUCUAUUGAGCAAAAGCCAUCAAUAGCAACCAAUGAGCCUUAGAACCACGAGCAAUAUCAACAAUCAAAAAUAGAUAACGGCAAACGUUUCAGGGAUGUUUGUGUACGCACGAAGGGCAGGCUACAGCAUGGGGGACAUGCAUUUUAAAGCGAUGCAAAUAACCUACAUUUUAAAGCAAUUAUUGGAAGGAGCAGAACUUCGGGCAUAUGUACAAAUGUAUAUACACACGCAUGCGCACAUGCAUAUGUAUGUGUGAAGUGAGUUCGUUUUGUUUUAUUUUUUAAAUGAAAAUCAAGUGAAGCCGCUGUGUAACAGUGGUUGUAACAACCAAGAAACGAAGUCGGUAGCGGAAACGGAAACAGAGAGGGAAAUGGAAGGUGAAAGAUCGAAACGUAAAAGUGUGUGAUAGUUGAUUGUAACCGAAAGCAAGAACAAAUCAAGCAAAAAAAUAGUAUAGUUAGUAAAAUACUUACGCAAAUUAUCGUAUAUAACGUACAACUUUCUUAAUUCAUAAAAAUAAGUAACUUAGAUACGACGAGUACUCGUUAAAGCAAGCCGUUAAUCCCUUGCGCACGCGUAGAAGGAGCGAAUACAAUAAAUAAAAUGCUGUGAAAUGCAGAAAAAUAAGCAAAUCGGUAAUAGGAAAUGCGAAAGCGAAAUUUGAAAAAGACCAAAAGGCAACAGAAAAUUAUCAAUAAAUAAGACACUUUUUUAGAAAUGCAUUUAGAGCUUUAUCCGCCCCAAAUCAAGAAAAUAAUACAAUAUUAAGCUAUAGAAAACGGUAAACCAACAAAAUAUUAAAGGAGAGCAUUGAGUAGAGCCAAUGGUAGCAUUUGAUAAACAGACAGCAAUUUUUUGUAGCACUUGGCCACAAGAAAGUUGCUUAAAUUGCAACAAAAGCAAAGUUGCAGCAGAAUACAAAAUUUGUUUCGGGGAAAAAGAAAUCCAUUAAAAUUAAAAUUUUUGCGUAAAUGGCUUGAAACUAUUUUACGGUCGAUCUUUAGCGCCUGGUCGAUGCUACGACUACUCAAAAGCCGGUCAACUUCGAUUAUUUCGGUGAUUUUAACGACAUUUUCGGCUUCAACGGCAUUUUCUUUAGCAUCAGAAAUGCCUCAACGGAAGCGAGGAAACCAAAAUUGCACGCAAUUAGCCGAAAUUAGCUGCUGCAGAAUCGGCACCGUAGCCAAAAGGGAUGGUGCGUGACUACCAUUCGGAAUCCACAGGAAGAACGUAGGUUCGAAUCUCGGUAGAAUAGCGGUCGCUCCUCGGCAGGCAAUGCCAAACCUCAGAGUGUAUUUCUGCCAUGAAAAAGCUCCUUAUAAAAAAUAUCUGCCGUUCGGAGUCGGCUUGAAACUGUAGGUCCCUCUAUUUGUGGAACAACAUCAAGACGCACACCACAAAUAGGAGGAGGAGCUCGGCCAAACACCUAACAGAAGUGUACGCGCCAAUUAUUUAUUUUUUUAUAUGUAGAAUCGGCACCAUAAACCCAAUUCACAAUUUCCGCGGCCGGGCUUGCAUUUUCGCGAUUAUCAAAGAAAAAAUUUAAAAUAUACCGAAUUUUCUCUUUGUUGACAUCUAUACUUAACACCCUGUAAUUCACUACCAAAUGGAAUAAAAAUAAAAAACAGCGAAAGAUUUAGAUUUAGUGUGAAAUGUCACCUUCACAACGAGCCUAAACCUUAAAAUGUUUGAUCGUUACUUUACGAGACAUCGAUCACUACAGCCC